AUGUCUAGGCAACUACGUACGCUGCUGCGCAGGCCGCUUUUGCCUCGGUUGAGUCAAACGGCCGCUCUCCCAGGUCUCACAAGCAGGAGAAUCCCUCAACACUUCCAAUCGGUCUCGAUUCCCGCGCCUGCACGCUUUCUGAGCUCGAAUGCCCCCAGACAGGCGGAAGCUUUCCCCUCGCAGCUCGAAAAUGCCUCUUCGAUCCCCAACGAGAGCGGGCGGUCGCAGACCUUGACCGAGAAGAUUGUACAACGCUAUGCAGUUGGUCUCCCCGAAGGAAAGCUUGUCCGAAGUGGCGAUUAUAUCAGUCUUGCGCCCGGAUACUGCAUGACUCAUGAUAACUCGUGGCCCGUGGCACUCAAGUUCAUGUCUAUGGGAGCUACCCAAAUCAACAACCCUAAGCAAAUCGUCAUGACCCUCGAUCACGACGUUCAGAACACUAGCGCAUCAAACCUGCAGAAAUAUCAACAAAUCGAGACUUUUGCUGGUCAGCAUGGUAUCGAUUUCUAUCCUGCCGGACGGGGUAUUGGACACCAGGUUAUGGUGGAAGAGGGAUAUGCUUGGCCCGGUACUAUGGCGGUAGCCUCCGACAGCCACAGCAACCACUACGGUGGUGUUGGCUGCCUUGGAACCGCUGUGGUGAGAACCGACGCUGCCAGUAUUUGGGCAACCUCCCGGACAUGGUGGCAGAUCCCCCCAGUUGCGAAGGUCACUUUCACCGGAGUGCUACCUAAGGGUGUGACCGGUAAGGAUGUAAUCGUCGCGCUGUGCGGUAUGUUCAACAGUGACGUUCUCAACCAUGCAAUUGAGUUCACUGGCUCCGAAGAGACCAUGGCCAGUCUUCUGGUGGAUAGCCGUAUGACUAUUGCCAACAUGACGACUGAGUGGGGUGCUCUCACUGGUCUAUUCCCUAUUGACAGGACUCUGGAACGUUGGCUACGAUACAAGGCCACUGAGGCAGCUAUGCUCGAAGACCGUACAACUCGGGAGCGUAUCACUCACGAACGAGUUGAUGAGCUGUUCGCCAACCCUCUCUCCGCGGAUCCCGAUGCUGUUUACGCCAAGCAGCUUUACCUUAACCUCUCCACCCUCUCCCCCUAUGUCUCUGGUCCUAACUCCGUCAAGGUUGCCACACCUUUGAACGAGUUGGUUCAGCAGGACAUCAAGGUUAACCGCGCCUACAUUGUUUCCUGCACGAACUCGCGUGCUUCUGACCUUGCUGCCGCUGCCAAGGUCUUCAAGGAUGCUGCCAAGGCUAACCCCGACAGCCCUGCCAAGAUUGCCGACGGUGUCAAGCUUUACAUUGCCGCAGCCUCCGCGCCCGAACAGGAGGCUGCCGAAGCCACUGGUGACUGGAAGGUGCUGCUUGAUGCUGGUGCUCAGCCGUUGCCUGCUGGCUGUGGACCUUGCAUUGGUCUCGGCACAGGUCUUCUUGAGCCCGGCGAGGUUGGAAUCAGUGCCAGCAACCGUAACUUCAAGGGACGCAUGGGUUCGCGUGAUGCCCUCGCCUACCUGGCCAGCCCCGAGGUCGUUGCUGCCAGUGCUCUGAGCGGUAUCAUCUCCGGCCCCGGUGCCUACGAGGUGCCCCAAGGCUGGGAUGGUGUUGAGCAUGGCUUCGGCACCGGUGCCGAGCCCAGCACUGUGGAUGAGCUCUCCAACAUGCUUCAGCAGAUGGAGUCCUUGAUCGACCGUGUUGAGUCCGCUGACGCCUCUGCCAAGCCUGCCACCGAGAUUCUGCCUGGCUUCCCCGAGAGCAUCACUGGCGAGAUCGUCUUCUGUGACUUUGACAACCUCGACACUGACAACAUCUACCCCGGCAAAUUGACAUACCAGGACAACGUCUCCAAGGAGGACAUGGCUAACGCCUGUAUGUCCAACUACGACCCCGAGUUCAAGGGAAUUGCCAAGCCCAACGACAUCCUGGUCUCCGGCUUCAACUUUGGUUGCGGAUCCUCAAGAGAGCAAGCCGCUACUGCAAUCCUCGCCAAGCAGAUCCCUCUGGUCGUUGCUGGCAGCUUCGGAAACAUCUUCUCCCGAAACAGUAUCAACAACGCCCUUAUGGGUCUCGAGGUUCCCAAGCUUGUUGAGCGUCUGCGUACCGCCUUCUCGGACCGUCAGCCCACCCGCCGGACCGGCUGGACUUUGACCUGGGACGUGAAGCGCAGUGUCGUUGAGGUGCAAGAGGGUGAGGGCGGCGAUAAGUGGACCGAGCAGGUCGGCGAGCUCCCCGCCAACGUUCAAGAGAUCAUUGCGGCUGGUGGCCUCGAGGCGUGGGUCAAGAACGAAGUUCAGAAGUCGCAAUAA